CGCUCCCCGCAGGGGUGUGGCCUGAGUGAGGAGACCGCGAGCUGCCCCCUCUCCCCUGUCUCCUCGGAUGACGAGUCGCUGGAUAACAUGGAGUCGGGCAAGAUGGCGCCUCCCAAGAACGCUCCGAGAGAUGCCUUGGUGAUGGCACAGAUCCUAAAGGAUAUGGGAAUCACAGAGUACGAACCAAGAGUUAUAAAUCAAAUGUUGGAAUUUGCUUUCCGAUAUGUGACUACAAUUCUGGAUGAUGCAAAAAUUUAUUCAAGCCAUGCUAAGAAACCCAAUGUUGAUGCAGAUGAUGUGAGACUGGCAAUCCAGUGUCGUGCUGAUCAGUCUUUUACCUCUCCUCCCCCAAGAGAUUUUUUACUGGACAUCGCAAGGCAGAAAAAUCAAACCCCUUUGCCGCUGAUUAAGCCAUAUGCAGGUCCUAGACUGCCGCCUGAUAGAUACUGCUUAACAGCUCCAAACUACAGGCUGAAGUCCUUAAUUAAAAAGGGACCUAACCAAGGGAGACUAGUUCCACGAUUAAGUGUUGGUGCUGUUAGUAGCAAACCUACCACUCCUACUAUAGCAACCCCACAAACAGUGUCUGUCGCAAAUAAAGUUGCAACUCCAAUGUCAGUGACAAGCCAAAGAUUUACGGUGCAGAUUCCACCUUCUCAAUCCACACCUGUCAAACCAGGUCCUGCAACAACUGCAGUUCAAAAUGUUCUGAUUAAUCCUUCAAUGAUUGGGCCCAAAAAUAUUCUUAUUACCACCAACAUGGUUUCAUCACAGAACACGGCCAAUGAAGCAAACCUACUGAAGAGAAAACAUGAAGACGAUGAUGACAAUGAUACUAUGUAAGGAAUAUAGUCUAUUAUAGAUGCAUUUCAGAAGGAAAGGUGGUUUUGAGCCUGUACUGUACUUGUCGCCCAGGCUGGAGUGCAGUGGUGUGAUCUUGGCUCACUGCAACCUCUGCCUCCUGAGUUCAAUGUAUACUGAACUAGAAUAUUCUAGAUCUUCUCGUUUUACCUUAAAAGACUGAAACGUAGCUGCAGUAUUUUCAUAUUAGUUAAAACUGUUAGAUCUCUUUAGUAAACAUACAAAUGUGUUUUUCAUUAGGCUUCAAUUACAGUUACGUACUUCUUUCUUAACAGUUUCAUUAAUGUUGAGUCCUAGUAUGGCAAUUCUAUUUUUGAGACACUUUUCUGCCUUCUAUCACUGACAGCAGCACUUAAGUUUCAGGUUCUACAGCCUGGCCAGCAGAUUUAUCUUUUAACAGCAUAAUCUCUAAUCUACAUUUAAAUACUACUUUAUUUUAUAAGGUAAUACAGUCACUUUCAUUGUCACUAGCUUUAUUUUUACCAAUGUUUCAGUUUAGGAAACAUUUUUUGGAAAGGGUGGAUUUAGAGGAGAGAUUCUAAAUCCAUUUUGAAUGUAUUUGUUUCUUGACCUUCUUGAACUCCCCAACUCAACUCCCUUUCUAGAUCCCAUUCAUUUUCUGCACCUCCCCCAUAGGCUUCUCUCCAUUGCUCUUAAAUGUAAAAGGCCAUACCUGGAAUUUUUUAAAUGUCAUUCCUGGUAAUACAGCUCAGUGUCAUUUUCAUAUUUUUAAAACAUGCUCUACAUGCCUAAUGUUUUUUAAUUCACUUCAACCUGAUGGUUUGCAUUUCCUGUUUUUCACUCUGUCAGAGCAGUUGGGUUUUACCCCUUAGUUUUUAUGCCUGCUGAGCUUUAUUGUGCUUUUGACAGGAGUUUUGGGUCAGUUACAUUGAGUUUUAGUCUUGUAUUCCAAGUUGAUAACUCUACCGUAUUUCACAUUUCUAAAUUUAACAGAGAUGCUGUAGCUUAAAAUCUGUUUUGGUAAGUAAUUACACUGGACCUAGGAAAAACCACUGAAGAACAAGUGUUCCUUUUUACCACAUACAUAUGUUUUCAUCACUGCUGCUUGAGCCCUCCUAUUGGUAUAAUUCACAUCAUCUCUUAGCUUGUUGCUGAGGAUGUCACAUAUAAAAUGAGAUCAAACCUGAGAGUAAGACACUAAUGGUUCCCCAUCCUCUGUAAGGCCAACAAGGAAAACAAAUUACUGUUACAUGGCUUGUAUUUAGGUGCACUUUGCAUAGGUUUCCCAAUAAUAUUGUAAUGUUGUUGAACACCUUUCCCUUAUUUCCAUGUAUACACAUCUUAAAGUAGUACUGGGAAAGAUGGCAAAGCUUUUUAGAAUAUAAACAGACCUGUUUUGUUUUUCUUAAGUUCAACAUACUUUUGCAGAAUUUUGUAAAAUAAAUGUUCAUAUCAUAAUUUAGAAUUUAUAGCCAAGGAUGCUCAAAACAGAAGUUUCAUCUUAGGAUAGUGCUUGAUAUAUCCAAGAAAAAGUCCAGUAACAGAGAAGAAAUGUCUCAUCAGUUUUAGUGUUUUUCAAUAUUAAAGUAAUAUAAAAACAGGUAAAAUGUAUAAAAACAGACCUGAUCAACAUCGUAGGAGAUGAAUAUUCAUUAUAUAGCAUAGGAUAUCAUUACUUGAAUGUUCUCAGGGAGGCAGCAAAUCAGAAGACCUAGGUUCUAGUCCUAGCUCCAUCAUUUACCAACUGUGUGACCUUACUUCACCUGUUAGCCUUGUUCUCCUCACUAGUAGGAAAAUAACACCCUGCCUACCUCACAGGGCUGUUGUGAGGUUCAAUUGGUAUUAUGUGAAAGUUACUUCAAAAUUGUAAAUGCUAUAUGACUAUAAAGAAUUAUUAAUGUAUUUGUUCCAAGUUUAUUAAUAAAAAUUUGAGCUUA